GGAGCAAAGCCAAUCAGCCUUUUUGGAAUCGCCUGAAAUUGCUUUCAACUUCACCGAGUUGUCUUCUUCCCAAUCCUAAUCCUAAUCCCAAUCCCAAUUAUCCCGUGGAAAUUAUGGUGGCUAAAAAGUUCCUUGUUCACUACCAAGGUUCCAACUUUGAUGUCGACUACGAAACUGAAGAUGGUUUUGAAGUCUUCAAAUUCCAGUUGUUUUCCCUUUCUGCAGUUCCUCCAGAUCAGCAAAAGAUAUUUGGAGGUGCCGACGAUCGAAUUGUUUCCGAUGACUCUGAUCUCAUGGCAAUAUCCGAUAAACUUCGGUUGGUUUCGAUUCAAGACGGAAACCCUCAAUUGGAUUCUGAAAUAGUGAGGUCUGACGAAGAACUAGCUCGAAUGUUGCAGGUUUGUAGAUGUUAUUGAAACUUAGGCAUUUCUGUCAUCAAGAUAUAUUUGUUAAAUGAGUUUUCAUCGUGUAAGGCAGAAGAAGAAGCACUUAUGUUUCAGCAGUUUACUGCUACAGGAGACAAUAGGCAAUUCGAACAGAGGGUUCGACCUUAUGUUGAUCAGGUUCUUCUGUAUGAAGACCCACAUCGCCAGGAGGCAGCAAGGAACACAGUACCUGUGGAGAAGCUUGAGGAGAAAGCAUUGGUUGCUUUAGCUAAGGAGGGGAACUUAAAGCCAUCGAAAAGCAAGCUUGAUCAUGCGUUCCUGCUGCAACUUCUUUUCUGGUUCAAACAGACAUUCAAGUGGGUGAAUUCACCUCCUUGUGAAGCUUGUGGCAGUGAAACUGCCAAUCAAGGAAUGGGUGUAGCAAGUUCGUCAGAGACUGCUUAUGGAGCCUCUCGAGUUGAACUUUAUCGUUGCAAUAUAUGUCCAAGAAUCACUCGUUUCCCGCGAUAUAAUGAUCCUAUAAAGCUUCUUGAAACAAAGAAGGGGCGAUGUGGGGAGUGGGCCAAUUGCUUUUCACUUUAUUGUCGCUCUUUCGGCUAUGAAACUCGUUUGAUAUUGGAUUUUACAGAUCACGUGUGGACGGAGUGCUAUUCAAUGUUCUUGGGAAGAUGGAUGCAUCUUGAUCCCUGUGAAGGAAUAUAUGAUACGCCAUUACUUUAUGAAAAAGGCUGGAACAAGAAAUUGAGCUAUACUAUUGCUAUUGCAAGAGACGGAGUCCAUGAUGUGACUAAACGUUACACCAGGAAGUGGCAUGAGGUUCUAUCUCGUCGAAACAUAACUACAGAGACUGCUGCAUCUAGCACUCUUACUAAUAUAACAAGAGAAUGUAGAAAGAACUUGACAUCUGUGAUUUCUGCACUUGAGGAACGUGACCGUAAGGAAGUAGAAGAGCUUGAUAAAAAUUUACAUUCUCAAGAUGAUGAUUCUCUCUCCUUACCAGGAAGACUAAGUGGGGACAAGGAAUGGCGCGCUUUAAGAUCAGAGAUUGGUUCUGAUUCUUUGAGUUCCUCAUCUUGCCCAGUUCGUAAAUGUAUAGAUGAACAUGUUUCAAGCAUCUAUAAUGCAUUCUCUCCUCUCAUAUCUCGGUUGACAGAGUUCUCUUCCAAAAAUAAGGCUCUUGAAGGUCUUCAUUUUGUUAGAGGGGUUUUGGUAGAUCUCAAGAAGAGCCCUUUUAAAACAAGGAGAGUUGUUAUUGAUUCAAAUCUAAAGGAUGCAAAAUUUUUCAUCCGUGAACUGUGGCCGUCUUUUAAUCUGAUGCUUGACGCCCUUUCUCUGAAAAGUAAUCUAGAAGCAAAUGAAAAAGUUGAAAUUUGUGUAGCAGAUGAACCUGUCAGAACUUCCAUGGCAUUGCCUGUUGUGUUCCAUGCCCUGGAUGAUGUGCUCUAUAACAUAAAACAUUGCAAUGAAUUAAGCAAAUCUUCUCUUUCUUGGCCUCUACUAAAGCUAAACAGAAUAUGCUGUGGUUCUGUUCUUGCCAGUGGGGAGGAGCUCCCUUUCGGAAUUGCUACUUCUGCAUUUGAUGGAACCCGCUUGUCGAAGUGGGAAGAACCAAAUGGCUCGAAAGGUUGUUGGUUAAUAUACAAAGCGAUGGGUGUCCAGGCCUACGAACUGUGCUCAUAUGAACUAAUGUCGGCCAAUGAUGCUCCAGAAAGAGAUCCCAAGGACUGGGUGAUUGAAGGUAGUGACGAUGGUGGUUCCAGCUGGCGUGUUUUGGAUGAACAAACUUCUCAGAUGUUUCACAACCGUUUCCAGCGAAAAACAUAUACGGUCAAGUUGCAGGGAUUCUUCGCAAAUGUAUUCAGGUUUAGGUUUUUAACAGUUCGUGACGGACAAGCGACUUCACGGUUUCAAAUAGGCAGCAUCGACCUAUACGCAAGCAGCAACAGCAACGUGAACCAAAAAUCAUUGUCGUGAUCCAAUGAAUCCUUCAUUUACGGUCGGUUUUCUCUUCGUAUACAACAAAGUAUUGCAGUAAAUGUGUGUCGAACCCUCGAUUUCAUCACAAAAAAGUUGUUACCAUAGGCAACGGUUUCUGCAUUUGAAUAUUUCCUUUAUCAGAGAAAUGUAAAAUAAGUCUAUAACAUAUAAAACGAUAAACCUAUGUCACGAUUUCAUCAAUUUGUAGCCAACUUCCAACUGUAUUUAUUUAUACACAGUAAAUCAAACU